AUGGCUUCCACUUCCGAUGACUUUACCAAGCGCAAGCUUUGGGGCGGCCGCUUCACCGGCAAGAAUGACCCGCUCCUCUUCGCCUACAACGAGUCGCUCUCCUACGACAAGCGCAUGCAUGCGCAGGACAUCCGCGGAUCCCAGGCCUAUGCCCGUGCUCUCGUCAAGACCGGCGUCCUCAACGAGCAGGAGAGGGACGAGAUCGUAGCAGGCCUCGAAAAGGUCGGCCAAGAGUGGAAGAACGGCACCUUCGCCAUCCACCCGGACGACGAGGACAUCCACACCGCCAACGAGCGUCGCCUCACCGAGCUCAUCGGCAGCGUCGGCGGCAAGCUCCACACAGGCAGGUCCAGGAACGACCAGGUCGCCACCGACAUGCGUCUCUGGCUCAUCGACGAAGUCAAGGCCAUCGAGGGCUACCUCUCUGACCUCAUCCAAGUCAUGAUCGCCCGCGCCCGCGAGGAGGUCGAUGCUCUCAUGCCCGGAUACACCCACCUCCAACGUGCACAGCCCAUCCGCUGGUCCCACCUCCUCCUCUCCCACGCCACCUACUUUGCCUCGGAUCUUGCCCGCCUGCGCGACCUCCAGCCCCGCAUCUCGGUCCUUCCUCUCGGCUCCGGACCUCUCGCCGGCAACCCGUUCGCAGGCCUCGACCGCGACGCCAUCGCCGCCGACCUCGGCUUCCAGACCGUGGGUCCCAACUCGAUGAACAGCGUCUCGGACCGAGACUUUGUCGUCGAAUACCUCAUGUGGGCCAGCUUGACCGCCGUGCACCUCAGCAAGAUGGCCGAAGACUUUAUCAUCUACUCGACCUCCGAAUUCGGCUUCAUGCAGCUCAGCGACGCCUACAGCACCGGCUCCUCCAUCAUGCCCCAGAAGAAGAACCCGGACAGCCUCGAGCUGCUCCGCGGCAAGGCCGGCCGCAUCUUUGGCCAGAUGUCCGGCUUCAUGAUGUCGCUCAAGGGCAUCCCCUCCACGUACAACAAGGAUCUGCAGGAGGACAAGGAGCCGCUCUUUGACGCCGUCGACACCACCAAGGAUGGUCUGCAGAUUGCCACCGGCGUCAUCUCCACCCUCAACAUCUUCCCCGAAAAGAUGAAGGCGGCGCUCACCCCGGACAUGCUCGCCACCGACCUGGCCGAGUACCUGGUGAGGAAGGGCAUCCCCUUCCGAGAGACGCACCAUAUCUCGGGAAGCGCCGUGCGACUGUCGGAGCAGAAGGGCUGCUUGCUCUCGGAGCUCACUCUCGACGACCUCAAAUCGCUCUCGGACAAGUUUGGCGACGACGUGAUGCAGGUGUGGUCGUUUGAGCAGAGUGUCGAGCGCCGCGACGCAAAGGGCGGCACCUCCAAGCGCGCCGUUCUCGAGCAGUGCGACACGCUCCAAAAGAUGCUCUCCUCGGCCACGGCCUGA